GCUUCACGCUAAGCUCGGAAACAAAUGGGCACGUAUGGCUUCUCAGUUACCAGGACGAACAGAUAACGAGAUUAAGAAUUAUUGGAACACAAGGAUGAAGAGAAGACAACGAGCUGGUUUGCCUUUAUACCCUCAUGACACUCAUCAGCAUCAUCAAGGGAUUGAUGAUAACGAUGAUAAUGAUGAGUUUGAGUUUGAUCUAAGUUCCUUUCAGUUCCAAAACCAAGAUCUUCUUCAUCAUAACCAACAAAACAUGAUUCAAUACACUAAUUCUUCUAAUACUUCAUCAUCUAUAUCCUCUUCUUCGUUCUCUUCUUCCUCUUCUCAACCUUCCAAAAAGAUGCGUCCUAAUGAUCCCUUAGUCUCUACUAAUCCUGGCCUAAACCUGAUCCCCGAUUCACCGAUGAAUUUUCAAAUGUUCUCUCUUUACAACAAUAGCCUUGAGACUGACAAUAUUAAUAGCCACUUUGGUUUCUCUCUUCCUUUGUCCUCAUCGUCUUCGUCCAACGAGUUUUGCAAUCCCAACCACAUCCUUGAGUUCAUCUCUGAGAAUUCGGACACAAGCAAUUACCAUAAGAAAGACAUCGAUGCUUUGAGUUACAGUUCAUUGCUUAUGGGAGACCAUGAGAUGAGACCGAGUUCUUUCCCUUUAGGACUAGAAAAUACUGUCCUAGAGCUUCCUUCAAACCAAACAACGAUCGAUUCGUUCAGUUCUAAUCCUAUUCCCGACAAUGGUGUCCAUCUUGAGCCACCUGCGGGAAACAGUGGACUGCUUGAUGCCCUUUUGGAGGAGUCUCAAGCCUUAUCUCGUGGCGGACUCUUCAAGGACGUUAGGGUUUCCUCAAGUGAUCUAUGUAAAGUUCAAGAGGAGAGGAUGAAGAUGGACUUUGAGAAUCGGUUAACAGAUCAUCUUAACUCUUCUCAUCAAUCAUCACUCGGAGCAAACCCUAAAAUUCACAAGUACAAUGAGCCAACAAUGGUGAAAGCAACGGUGGAUGAUGAUGACGACUUAUUGAUGAGCCUUCUCAACAACUUCCCUUCAACAACGACACCGUUGCCUGAUUGGUACCGGAUGACGGAAAUCCAAAACGAAGCCUCAUAUCUUGCCCCACCGAGCGGAUCAAUUCUUAUGGGAACUUAUCAAGGUAACAGCAGGGAGGAGGAACCAGCCACGGUGUCGCCUUCGUCCAGUGUAGAUCCAAUGGCCUCGUUGGGGACAUGCUAUUGGAGCAACAUGCCUAGAAUUUGUUAAUUUGGAACAUCCUCAUGAGCAAUAUACCAUUUCUUUGAUUUGGGAAAAAGAAAGCUAAUUGUGAGCUUAAUUUGUCUUUGUUGUGUAAAAACCUCUUCAGAGUAUUCAAUUUGGGAUGUGCUAUGAACUUAAAUGUUAACAUGCUUUCAAGGGGCCAACAAAACAAAAAAAGAAAUAUAAA